AUGGUUGCCCAAGCUCCGAUGAUUAUGAAUGGGCCGGUGAUGGCCAGUCCAGCAAUGAUAACGGACAGUCCGAUGGUCUGGGACGAUGAGUACGUGGAUAGGUACGACAGGUACGACAGGUACGACAGGUACGACAGGUGCUAUGAUGGCAGGCACAGGAGGAGAAGACAUAAGAGCCGUUACAGGCACACGUAUACGGAGACCAACUGCACGGUGAUGUGA